UCGCAAAACAAUCGUUUCCCGAAAUCGUUUUGUGAACAGUUUAAAAUCAGUUAAAUCCGCUAAAUUCCAUUCUUAAUUGCAUCGGUUUGAUUGUACAAACCGGAAAUGGCAUCAAACCAGCCCUCGGUCAAGCGCUACCGCCGCGAAGAGAAAAAUUCGGACGGAAGUGACCGGGAGGAUGACGACAAGUACGUUCCCUAUGUGCCCGUGAUGGAGCGCAAGAAGCAACAACUGCUCAAGUUGGGACGAAUCGUCCAACUGACGGCCGAAGCGUCCAAUGUCGGAAAGUCAUCCAGCGAGAAUGAGCACGAUGAGGAAGGCGCCGAGGAAGCCUGGGGACGGAAGUUCAACAUCAGUUUGCUGGACCAGCACACGGAGCUGAAGAAAAUUGCCGAGGCCAAGAAGAUCAGCGCCGUCGAGAAGCAGCUCAAAGAGGAAGAGAAAAUCCUCGAAAGUGUAGCGGAGAAAAAAGCCCUUAUGGGUGUGGCUGAAUUGGCUAAGGGUAUCCAGUACGAGGAGCCGAUAAAAACAAGCUGGAAGGCUCCACGCUACAUCCUUGCCCGAACUGAUGCAUCGCACGAGAGGCUUCGCGAAAAGAUGAGGGUAUUGGUCGAUGGUGAAAAUGUGCCGCCACCGAUUUGUUCAUUCAAGGAAAUGAAAUUCCCCAAACCGAUAUUGGCCGCACUGGAGAAGCGAAACAUCCGGAAGCCGUCACCGAUUCAAGUGCAAGGGAUUCCGGCGGUCCUAGCGGGGCGCGAUUUGAUUGGGAUAGCAUUCACUGGUUCGGGUAAAACGUUGGUGUUUGUGCUGCCAUUAGUAAUGUUUUCUCUGGAACAGGAACUUCGACUGCCAUUCAUCAGUAGAGAGGGUCCCUAUGGGUUGGUUAUAUGUCCAUCACGGGAAUUGGCCAAACAGACGUUCGACAUCGUACAGUACUACUGUCAGCAUUUGCAAAUGGCAGGAUUGCCAGAAAUACGUUCAGCGUUGGCGAUUGGGGGUGUUCCAGUGAAUGAUGCUUUGACGAUUAUUCAGCAGGGCUGUCAUAUAAUUAUUGCAACGCCCGGGCGGCUGAUGGAUAUGCUGGACAAGAAACUGUUAAAAUUGGACGUCUGUCGGUACCUUUGUAUGGACGAGGCAGAUCGAAUGAUUGACGCAGGCUUCGAAGAGGAUAUUCGAACAAUUUUCUCAUAUUUCAAAGGGCAAAGACAAACGCUGCUUUUCUCUGCCACUAUGCCCAAGAAAAUUCAAAAUUUUGCCAAAUCUGCGCUCGUCAAGCCGGUUACGAUCAACGUAGGUCGAGCUGGAGCAGCUUCCAUGAACGUCACCCAGGACGUGGAAUAUGUCAAACAGGAAGCAAAGGUGGUAUACCUUUUGGAUUGUCUUCAGAAGACGCCGCCCCCGGUUCUGAUAUUCGCCGAAAAGAAGCAAGACGUCGAUGCCAUCCACGAGUACCUGCUUCUGAAGGGAGUAGAAGCAGUCGCCAUUCACGGUGGCAAAGAUCAAGAGGAACGGUAUCGCUCGGUGGAAGGAUUCCGAAACCAGGAGAAAGAUGUUCUCGUAGCGACGGACGUCGCUUCCAAGGGUCUUGAUUUCCCCGACGUGCAGCACGUAAUUAACUACGACAUGCCAGACGACAUCGAAAACUACGUCCACCGAAUCGGUCGUACCGGUCGAUCCAUCUCGAAGGGUCUCGCGACCACGUUCAUCAACAAAGCCACCGAACAGUUCGUGUUGCUCGAUUUGAAGCAUCUGCUGAUAGAGGCAAAGCAAAAGGUACCACCAUUCCUGGGCGAACUUUGCUCCGAGACGGAAAAGUACGCCGACCUGGGCGAUGGGUGCAGCUACUGCGGUGGUCUUGGCCAUCGGAUUACCGAGUGUCCCAAGCUGGAGGCUAUCCAGAGCAAACAGGCAUCCAACAUUGGACGGCGGGAUUAUCUGUCCAAUACGGCGGCGGAUUAUUAGAUGUAAGAUUAGAUGCUACCUCCCUCUCGGCAGAACGCCGUUUGGCGUAAAGUUAUUGGGCAUAUGUAUUUUUUUUUUUCAAACAGUAUUUGGCAUGAAAUAUACAGUAAAAAAGAAAAUAAUGAAUGCCAUUUUUCAUAACGGUCGUUUGGUGGUUACGCCAAAUGGCCAUUAAGCCAAUUGACCAUUAUGCCAAAAAGCUAUUUGGACGAAAACAAAAAAAAAAUGAUUGAGAACUAUUCUGCGCCGCGCGUCAAGUGAGGUGACUCGCUGUCACG